AUGAAAUAUAAUGAUUAUAAAGAAAAUAUGCAAUUAAAAAUUACAAAACUCGAAGAAACGAUUGUUCAAUUAGAAAGUGGUGAAAACAUGGAUGAUGAUUUAACAACGAAAAGUAUCGCUGAUUCAGAUAAUGUGAAGCAAAAUUGA